AUGGCUGAAACGCACACUCCACAUUAUUCGUUGAAGAAACUGUUUUCUUUCUUCAGUGGUGUUACUGCUCUCUCUGGCAUGAUCCUCAUUGGUCUGAGCAUCUAUGUGAAUUUCAGAGGGGCUGUCCUGACCAAGGUCCUUGGGCUGUCCUCUGCAUACCUGUUUCAUGUUGGCUACCUGUGCCUGGUGAUGGGCAGCGUCACGGUGUUACUUGGCUUCGCCAGGCGGCAUGGAGCAGCCAAGGAAAGCAGAGGCACCCUCUUGUUUGGCUUCUUGGUCAUGGUCAUCAUCCUCACUGUGGAAAUCAUGGCUUCCACGGUGGGCCUUGCCUUCUUCCCGGUUGUUCGAGAAGUGGCCUUGGAGCACAACUUCGUGACCCUGAGGAAGAAUUACAGAGGUUACAAGGAGCCAGAUGACUAUUCCAUGCGAUGGAAUGUGGUCAUGGAGAAGCUCAAGUGCUGUGGAGUGAAGAACUACACAGAUUUUUCUGGCUCCUCCUUUGAAAGGGUGACAGGUCACACCUACCCCCGGAGCUGCUGUAAAUCCCUAGGGACCGUGGACUGCGAUGGACGCAACGUGUCUGCAGACAUCAUCCACCAGGAGGGCUGUUUCCCUAAGCUCCUGAAAAUAACCAGGACUUAG